AGGUGCCUGCCAUUAAGGAGUUGAAGGAGCAAUUUGGAUAUGGGCUGUUUCAUAUGGUCGAUCCAGUCGAUGCCUCGGAGGAGGACGAGUUGUAUCUGCUGUCGAACGGCUGUGAAGUCUCGGUGUAUCGGACUCAUGGCAAGUGGACGAAGAUUUAUACGGUGACAUUUGGAUUGGAGCCGAAAUUCACAGCUGCCAAGAACGUGCUUAUGAGUUUGAGGGGCGAAUACUUUGCCUGGACAGGUGGGAAUGGUUUAGUGUCGAUCUGGAAUGUUAAGACUGGGAAGAAUGUGUCGAGGAUCCCAGUUGAGGAUGAGACGAGGCGGUAUAUGGUCUAUUUGUCAAAGGAUGGAUCGAAGGCGGCGUUCUCGACGAAGGGAUCGCGUUAGGUGAGGACUAUUUCAUGACAAAGGAUGAUACAGUAUCAACAACGGGGCAUCCGGUGAGGAUCAACGGACGGAGUAUUGUCAGGAUUGAUGAUAUGGAGGUCGUUAAAAGCUUUCAGGUGCAAGAGGAUUACGACGUUCGGCAUCCGUUGGCUCCAACAGAGGACGUCGUGUUUGGAUAUACUCAGGGUUCUGUUUUGUAUUUUCUCAGAAUGGAUAACUUGAUGGCCCAGGAUGAAAAGAAAUGCGGUCCUGAAUGCGGCUGGAACCCUAUCAAAGCCGACGAUUACAUGACCGCAGGAACCUGGGAGCACAUCUCUACCUCAGGAUCAAAGUUCAGAGUGUCCUCCGGCUCAGUACUCACCAACGGGUCCUGGAGCGUGCAUAUCAGGAUCAGUUGCCCUCGUCCCGACGGCCCCAAGGACGUUGUGGUCCCGCUCUGCUCCUUAGGCAAUUGGUGUGCUGGUUUUUUCUUGCCGGGAGCGAAACAAUUGAUCCUUAUGGCGGUCAAUAACCUGACGGUUUGGAGCCUCACCGAGACAGGCGCUGAUGUCGCAGAGCUGAUUGAGAGCUGGAGAUAUCAGGACGAUAACACCGAUUAUAUAGAGGACAAGAUCGUCCAAAAGAUUGAGGAGUCCAGGAUUUGCGAUUGUGGACGACGCAUCAGUCUUCGCUUCCGGACGCAGUACUUCAGAGGGUCAGUUGAUGUGACGGAUCCGGACACUAAGGAGCACACGUUGACAUAUCCGCACUCGUCGGUGGAUGACCUGGACUACAGCGAGUACUUUCGUACCUAUUUGGGAAUGGCACAUUUGAUCGGUCUGCACCAAUAUGGAGACGAUAACCUCAAGAGGAUAAUUUGUGCCUUUCUCAGGAAACUUGUCCGUCCGUCUGUGUCUUCCAAGGUUUCCAAGAAUUAUCUUAUUGCGCUGUGUGAGUCUUGGCAUCAAAGUUUCUAUGAGUCCGUGGAACAAAUCAUCGCUGCCAUCCUGCCUCUUGAUCGGGUCAGUUGGAUCCCCGUCGUGAAAUCCCCGAAAAAAAACAACCCCUUGAACGUGCUACUUCGUUAUGCAGAGAAGCAGCCCAAGGCGAUGCGAGUCGGCAAGCUCAUUAUCGAAUACUGUGUCACCCACGCCAUCGAGUCUAAGAAUCUCGCCUUCAUGUCCCCGCUCUUUGGCAUUAUGAACCGUCUCAUGGAAAUGUAUCCGAAAGACGCGCAGUCCAUCCUCGACCGGAUCACGUUCGUCCCCGUAAAGGAACGCUCUUUCAUCAUUGAAAAUCACCGGAUCUCAUCCCCACCCCGCAUCCGAUGGCGGUUCUGGAAAUCGACGAAGCAGAAGCUGUACGAGAUCGAGAACCCGAUUAUGCAGCUGGAUAUAACACCGAGUGAGGCGGAUCCAGAGAAUGAUCGGUUUACAAGGCCGACAUUUCAGGCGUCGUUUGAAGCGCUUUGGCAUUAUACAGAUGAAGGAAAAGAGCAGCUGGAGGUGAGCGAGGAAAAGGAGGCAGAAGCAGCGUGGUGGACCACGUUGGGCCAGAUGGUGACGGUGGCUCUACGGCCGAGGAGCCAGGCGUUUGUGGAGAGCCAUGAUUUUAAUCUGGCGUUUUUUGACAAUCCGGCGAUCGCGGCCCUGGUUACGUACAAAUGGAACACGAUCGGAUACAGCUUCUGGUUAGCACGGUUUGUUUUCCAGUCGACCUUCUAUAGUCUGGUGGUGAUUGCAGCGCUGAUGCAAGUAUACUUUUCGGAGCCGGGCAAGUUGCUGGGGCUUUUCAUUGCUAUCAUUGUCAUGGCCACGAUGUUUAUCUGGCUGGAGAUUGUCCAGGCCUUAGAGAGUUGGAUCGUUCUACAACUUCUUGGAUAUGGUCACAUUCACGUUGCCACUGGCAGCAGGUAUUGACCAGGUGGUUGUGAUCAGCCGAGGCGACCCUGCUGGAAACACGCGCC